UGAGUUCUGGUAUCGCUGUAAUUCUAUGAUUGGCCUGGGUGCAUCUUCGGUCUGCCAUCCUUCCUUUGCAGACCAGGGGAGUGGACUUCAUGCGGCAAGCUGAGGGCAGCUGCCUGUUACCACCUCUCAUCCCUAGCUGGCAUCGGGACAGUUUGCUGCCACGUUUGUUUCCUGUUCAGAAGAUAUUUUAAAGACGGGAUGACGCAUCUCUUCUGAGGGCAGGGGGAAUUUUCUUCUCAACAUGUUUUCAGAAAACAUUUAUGUUAACACGAACUUCAAAAAUAAAUUUGACUCCUCAGACAUCGACACAGACUCUUGGCCAGAUCCCCAAAAGAACAGGUCUCAGAAAAGUUGUCACAAAUUCUCCAAGGUCCUCUUUACCUCACUCAUAAUCUAUUUCCUGCUGUUGACAAUCUUAUUCUCCAGUGCUCUGAUCACUUUGUUUAUAAACUAUUCUCAGCUUCUUGAAGAAAAAACAGUUAUAAAAGAACUGAACUAUACUGAAUUGGAAUGUACAAAAUGGGAUUCACUCUUGGAAGAUAAAGUCUGGAGCUGCUGCCCAAAGGAUUGGAAGCCAUUUGGUUCCCACUGCUACUUCACUUCAACUGACUUGGUGGCACCUUGGAACGAGAGUGUGGAGAACUGUUACCAAAUGGGUGCUCAUCUGGUGGUGAUCCACAGCCAGGAAGAGCAGGAUUUCAUCACUGGGAUCCUGAACACUCGUGAUGCUUAUUUUAUAGGACUUUCAGAUCCAGGCCAUCAACAAUGGCAAUGGGUUGAUCAGACACCAUACAAUGACAAAGCCACAUUUUGGCACACAGGAGAGCUCAGCAAUGACAAUGAACAAUGUGCUAUAAUAAAUCAUCGUUGGAGUACUGGAUGGGGCUGGAGUGAUAUCCCUUGCAGUGAUGAACAGAAUUCCGUUUGUCAGAUGAAGAAAAUAUACUUAUGAAUCACACAUUCUCUAUGGCCAUGGGAUUGCACUGUUUUCCACCAUUAUACAGACACUUGGAAAGUUCUUCAUGAGGAAUAGAGGUCCACAGAAUUUUAGGUAGGCAGCCAAUGGUUAUACACAUGAUAAUACUGUUACAUAUGUAAAUUUACAUGAUCAUUCUUCAUUCUCUUAUAUAAUGAGAAUUCUCCAUAGUACCAGAGACUAUAUAGGUGACUCUGUGCAUACAUGGAAGCAACAAACUUCUCUGCCCAUUCUCAGAUUCCCAAAGUCUUAUUUGCUAAUAGGAUUGAAUGGUUUAGUCCUUCUACUCAUUUCUCUCUCUCUCUCUCUCUCUCUCUCUCUCUCUC